UGCUCCCUUCGGAGCUUAGUAGCGACUGUUUGUCUCGUCGUCGCAGAUAGUAAUGGUAUUUUAACAGUUUUGAGACACAAGUUUUGCUUGUUCAUACACUUAUGGCACGGCAUAAAUCUAGUUAUUCGAUAGACAGUUCUUAAACAGAAUGAAAAGUCUCAAGAGGAAGAAACACAACGCUGGAGUAGGAGUGAAUGGAAAUGGCUCUGUCACAAGAGAAACAGACUGUGGGAGGAAACAGAAGUUGGCUGAGAUCCAUCAGGCUUUGAUCAGAGAUCCAGUGGAUAUUGAGACCCUGAGGAGAGCAGCAGCCAGUAAGGGAGGGCUGCUCACUGGUGAACUCAGGAGGAAAGUCUGGCCCAAACUGCUGAACAUCAAUGUGUAUGGUCUACCACAUAAACCUGGCCGAGAUGUGAGGGAGAACCACAAAGACUACAACCAGGUAGUUCUGGAUGUCAGAAGGUCCAUGAAGCGGUUCCCUAAAGGUAUGCCAUCCACAGAGAGAGCAGUACUGCAGGAGCAGCUGAUAGACAUCAUACUGGAGGUUUUGAAACGCAACCCUCAGCUCCACUACUACCAGGGCUACCAUGAUGUGGCCGUCACUCUGCUGCUGGUAGUUGGGGAGCGAAUGGCCAUUGCAAUGCUGGACACACUGUCCAGAUAUCACCUCAGAGAUUUCAUGGAUCCUACCAUGGACAGCACCAAACACAUUUUAAACUAUCUGAUGCCUAUAUUGGAACAAGUCGAUACAGAACUACAUGACUUCAUGAUCAGAGCGGAGGUGGGGACCAUCUUUGCUCUGUCUUGGCUCAUCACAUGGUACGGACAUGUCCUCUCAGAGUUCAGACACACCCUCAGACUCUACGACUUCUUCCUGGCUUCACAUCCACUGAUGCCCAUCUACCUCGCUGCUACGAUUGUGUUGCAUAGAGAGAGGGAGGUGAAGCAGACAGAGUGCGACAUGGCUAUGAUCCACCACCUCCUCUCCUGCAUCCCCCAGGACCUCCCAUAUGAACUUCUGAUUGGCCAGUCCCAGGAGCUGUUUGACCAGUACCCUCCAUCACUACUGGCCAAACGGGCAGCGCUGCAAUCUCGCAAGAGUCUAUCCAUCAGCACCUUCCAGGCAUUUCAGCUCUCCACCCUCCACCAAAGGCCAGACUCUGUUCUUCAACGCCUCACCAAAGCCCAAGGCUCCACCACCUCCAGUCAUGGCUCUCAACACUCAGGCCUGGAAGCAGCUUUGUCCCGGGGUCGAGGCCAGCUGUGGGGGACAGGGAACAGGAUGGUGAAGAUGGCAGUGUGGGGGCUGUCCGCUACGCUCGGGGCAGCUGUGUUCGCUGUGGCUCAGACAGCCAUGGACUGGGGACCUGAGGUGUUACUACAACUGUUCUGAUGUGGCGGUGGGGAUUUAGACUGUUAGACACACGGUGACAUCAGACGCACAUCUGCUGUCAUAAUGAAUCCACACUGCACAAAUGUAUAAAUAUAUGCAAUCACAGAUGUUGAAGGCUUCACACUUGUCUCUCCUGCUGAGGGGAUGGUGGAGGAGGUCGGAUAUCUUGGUGCCAAACAGGUUGUUGCUACUCAACCACAAUGAAGUUAUGUUAACCACUUGUCAGCCUCAGGUUGUGUGUGUGUGUGUAUAUGUGUGAGUGAGAGUAUGUAUAUUAUGUUUCUGAGUAUGUAUGCAGCAGACCACAAGUGAGCAUGGAUGGUCAGGGGCCACUGUGUGAUGUGACUAUUAACUUUUCUUUUUGGAAAGUCGAUCAAAUGACCACAAAGCAAUGCAAAAUGGCUAUAGGAACAAAAAGGGAUUCAAAAUGGCCACAAAGAUACACAACACAAUAGCAAAGAAUGCAAACUGGCUACAAAACAAUGAGAGAGCCUAAUAAAAUGACCACAAAGAAAAAUAAUUGCAGCGUCUUGCUCCUUCAGGCUGUUGCUCACAUCUUAUUUUUCUUCCAUUUUAUGUGUCUCAGUGUGUUCCUGUUAGCUGAUCAUUUUGCUGAUAACUUGUUUUAAACUGUCAUGCUCAUUUUGGUGUAUUUCUCUUGAAAGUGUUUUAGUGUGCUUGUUAGAUCAGCAGCCAUAUCUGAGAGCCAAAAGUGCUCGCAGCCAGCACGGUGACACAUGAACACAAAUUAUUAAAGAGUGGUGUUUUCUGCUGAAAGCUUUUACUUAUGAGCAAAGAAGUAGGGGGGGAUGGGGGGGUGGAGGGGGACAUUGUGCCUCUGAGACUGGUAUUAAUUACUUUGCUCCAGGUGGCAGUGAGUUACAUUUACAGUAGAGUUUGACGCACAAAACAUGCUGUUGCAGCACCAAAAUGUGAACAGUACCCACAGUUUCUUGCUGUUGUGGCCCAUCACUGCUGAAUGAAUAUGGGGAACGCACACUACUUUUAGAUUCCUAAAAUAUUUAGCAGGUUUUCACCAACAUCCACUCUGAAUAGUCAUCAACAGAGCUGCAGUACAAAUACUUGGUUCUCCUUCAGCAUCAUAUUUCUCUCUGCAUUUUUACAGCAUAAAAUACUUCAUAGCUGUUUAAAAUGUAUUUUAGUGCUAUUUAUUUUAACAUGUGGUAACAAGUUCAUUAGGCUGGGAUUGGCUCCAGCCCCCUGUGACCCUGUUUGGGACUGACCGGUAUAGAAGAUGAAUGAAUGAACAAGUUCAUUAUGUGCACCUUCUCAGAAAGUAUCACCCAUACUGUAGAUAUUGUUGGACCAAGUGUAAUUGCACAGUUUCAUAGCCUGAAAAGCGAACAUUAAUAAUACAUCCUGUUUCUACCUGAGGUACACGUGUAUGUACAGAACAGGGCACAGGGUUCUUGAAACCACAGCACAUGUUCCAUGUGUCAACUUAUGUUCUGAAAUAUUUAUCAGCUUUUAAUACCGUGUCGGCGAGACGCUGCAUCUUUUAACUUAAGUGGAGUCACAACAAUCUCUUCUCUGUACUUUGUCGGACAGCUUCACACUGCUGCUUGUAGUCAGUCUGCCCUGUUGACUUUAGUUGCUAGAGAGCAUAUGAAUUCAAAUACUAUGUAGUCCGUUGCCCACAAAAUUACAGUAUAUAGAAGAGCAGUAGAUCAAAAGCAAACAAGAUGGUCACUUAAUAAAGCAGUCAUGAAUUCUUGAGAGACUGUCGGUUUAUGGGAAUGUGAUUGGUGAUAAUCAGCCAUUAAACAGUCAACCCAAGCAGUUAGCUGGUCUGCAAACCAGUUGACAGGCGAAUAAGUGAGGAAUUUGAUUUUGGUUGUUGUUGAGCCUCUGCAGCUUUGUUCCUGUCUACUUGCACACCACAUUAAGCAAGACAUUUGUUCAUUCACUGUGAUUAAAUGCCAUGUGCACAUAUGUUUGUAUGUGAAAGAAGAAAAAUGUUUGCUUUAGUCACAGGUCACUUUUUUCCCUUAUA